CUAACAGAGCAGAAGUAAAUUCCGCAGAGAGCGUAAGUUUCAGUGCGAAAAUGAUUUAAACCGGGAAGGAACGCAUUAAGUUCGCAUACGCCCACUACGAGAAUGUUCAAACGCACUUUUAAGGUAGUUUAUCGGCCCAUAAGGAGCAACUUUGUGCUGCUGCCGGACCAGUACUACGGCGUCGUUUCGACCUAUGAUACGGGCUGCCUGAGUCUGCAGUACAAUGGACGGGUGCACUACGCCUCCUGGGCGCCAGAAAAGGGAGGAGGCGGCAUCAAGGACACUGAGAUUGGGAUCAAUGCCAGGGCGGCCAAGGAGAUCGGUCUGCACGAGAAUGAUCUGGUCAAGUGUGCGCUCAUCGCUGACGUUCUCAACCUGCGCAGCGUCCACGUUACCCCCGUCUCGUCCAAGGAUUGGGAGAUCAUUGAACUAAGCACCGAAAAGAUCUCGGGUAGUGUGCUGGAGCAAACCCGCAUUGUGAACUCCACCCAGAUCUUAAUUGUUUGGAUUAACAAGUCCAUGCAAGUGGCGUUGACAGUGGAUCGCCUUAAGCCGCACAUGAACUACGGCAGAAUCGAUCACAAUACGGAACUCGUAGUGGCGCCAAACCUUUACCACGGACAUACCAAUGGAACCUCCAAUGGUGUCAUCGAGGAGAACUCAAAAUUGUCAAGGAGUAAAACCACUGCCCAGGUCAAGGAUGAUCUUGCUGAAAAGCCAAAGCUAUUAGCCCAUUCCUCCACGGUGUCCAAUGUGAAGAACACGCUGCAGCGCAACAAACGCCAAGAUCACAUGGAGCGCCUCAAGAAGGACCUGCGUAGGGAGAGCUCGCGAAGCUUCGAAUUCCGUGUGAUUCGAGGGCUAUGGCGGCAGCAUGCUCAGGAGUCGGAUGUCUAUGUAAGCCGGAAGCAUCUACCUGAGUUCUUCGAUCUGGAUCUGUUUUACUGUAUGCACACUGCCAGUGACAAGGAUUAUUAUGUGCGGGUGCGCACGGUGGAUGAGGAUCUUGAGGACGACCUUCCGGGCACCAUUCAUCCCUCGAUCGAGCUGAAUGCUAAUCUGAUGAAGUUGCUGGGUAUAAAAGAACUGGAACGUGUUGUCCUAAGGCCCAAAACAACCGUAGUAAACUUUGUUGAGAAAAUAGAGCUGUUUUCCAACAAGAAGACGCACUACAAGAUCAUUGAGAAUGCAUUUAAGCGGUUUGUAAUAGAGAGAACUCAGCAGAGGUCGAUGCUCUUUAACCAGGAGGAAGUGGUGCGACUUGAGGACGAUGUCCUGGUUACUGUAGGCAUCCUGCCAGAACACUUUCGUUACUGCGUCGUGGACGCUCAGUUCCUGAAAGAGUCGAAGAUCUAUGCGGCCGAUCUGGUGCGUCCGGUGAACGAGAUCAUCAAGGAGCAGACUCCGCCAACGUCGCCGCUGAGUGUCCAGGAUCUUAUACGGCUCCCAGAGUACGAUAAGAUUGUGGAUCAGGUGGUCCAGGAACUCCGCAUGAAUUUGUGUCUGAAUGCUGAAAACUCCGUGAUGCGGCAGUGCAAUGUGUUGCUUACUGGUGCUGCGGGAACAGGCAAAACCGUGCUUGUGGAGCGCAUCUUAGACAAGUUAUCGCGAAAACCGGACUAUUGUCACUUCGAGUUCUUCUAUGGAUCACGAAGCAAAGGCCGCAAGACAGAGUCUAUACAAAAGGAUCUUCGCAACAUCUUCACCAGCUGUCUUCAGCAUGCCCCUGCCAUUGUGGUGCUUGAGAACUUGGAUGUCCUGGCUCAUUCCGCAGGGGAGCAAUCUAGUCAGGAUGGGGAGUACUAUAACCGCAUGGCGGACACUGUGCACCAGUUGAUCGUCCAGUACACAAGCAAUAAUGCUAUCGCGGUAAUCGCCACCGUAAACGAGCUGCAGACACUGAACAAGCGGUUAAGUUCACCCAGGGGCAGGCACAUCUUCCAAACGGUUGCUCGUCUGCCCAGUUUGGAACGGGCGGAUCGUGAAAUAAUUCUGCGAGAGCUGUGCAGUCACAUCAAUGCUUCCAAGGAGCUGGAUCUUGUAAAGUUCUCCAACCUCACGGAGGGCUAUCGGAAGUGUGAUCUUGUCCAGUUCGUGGAGCGUGCAAUUUUCUACGCCUAUCGCUUAAGCAAGGCCCAGCCACUUUUGACCAACGAUCAGCUUAUUGAGUCUUUGGAACACACGAACUCCUAUUGCCUGCAGGGCAUUCAAAGUAAUCAAAAGACUGGCAGCGAUGCAGAGGCCAACGAGUUGAGAGUGGAGGAGGUGCCUGGCCUGGAGUCAGUUGUGGGCGUGCUAGAAGAGGUUCUUAUGUGGCCAUCACGGUAUCCGAGCAUUUUCAAUGCCUCACCACUGCGCAAUCAGGCCGGCGUUCUUUUGUACGGACCACCAGGAACCGGUAAGACCUAUCUGGUUUCCCAAAUGGCAACAUCAUGGAACCUGCGCAUAAUUUCGGUCAAAGGCCCCGAGCUGCUGGCCAAAUACAUUGGACAGAGCGAGGAGAAUGUUCGUAACCUGUUCAAUCGAGCACGCAGCGCUAGGCCGUGUGUGCUCUUCUUUGAUGAGUUCGACAGUUUGGCGCCAAAGCGUGGUCACGAUUCCACGGGGGUCACAGAUCGGGUGGUAAACCAACUGCUUACUGAACUGGAUGGCGUUGAGGGUCUGCAAGGAGUUACCGUAAUAGCAGCGACCUCCAGGCCAGAGCUCCUAGAUCCUGCACUCCUUCGAUCCGGUCGCAUUGAUCGCCUGGUUGAGUGUCCUCUACCGGAUGCCCAGGCCCGUGUACGCAUCUUCGAGGCUCUCAGCUCGACCCUCAGCCUUGAUGAGUGCGUGGACUUUGAGUGGUUUGCAGGAAGAACUUCAAAUUACACCGGCGCCGAUAUACAGAGCAUUUUGACAUCGGCGAACAUGGCAGCGGUUAAGGAGGCGCUAGCUCAAUUCGGACACGAGAAACUGCCAAAGAAAAUAUCACUGAAGCAGAAACACCUUAUCGAAUCCUUCCAAACCACACGACCCUCCCUCAGCGCCUCCGAUGUGGCUAAAUAUCACAAAACAUAUGUUCGCUUUACCAACAAGGAGAAGAGCUCCAGGGAGUUUGUAGCAAAGCGCGCGACCUUGGCUUAAAGAAAAAGACUUUAUUAGCUUAGAAUUAUCACUAUCAUAAACUGUAUUUCUUAUCUCUUUAAAUCGGAAAAUGUUUUUUUGAGGCACAGUCCUUGGGUUUUGUAUAUUUCUUAAAUCUUCUUGUUGAAACAUUAAAAUAGAUUUUGUUUAAA